AGAGUAUAAACUCAAGGAAAACAGUCGUGUCCACCGCCAUUAUCAAGCUUCGAGGACAGAAAUCCCAAUCCCUGUUGUCUGAAAACCGGGAAUCCAAUCAAAUUCUCUGAUAUUUUACAGACGCAAAAAAGAAGACAGAAUGUCAGCUAGGUUACUGAAGAAAUUCCUGAAAGAACAAGAACUACAGCAGCAACAGCAUCAUGUGGAGGAUGAAGAAGAAGCAGCUGAAUCUCCUGAUUCGGAAAAUCGCCCUGCGAUAAACCCAUUUGACCUUCUCAAUGAUGACGACGUUGAUCAGCUGCAGGAGGACGAGCCUGAAAUUGCAGAUGAAAUGGUAGUGGGUAAAGAUCACACACAGGAACUGUCUGUGAUGAGAAGCAUGACGGGUGCCAUUUCAACUUCCAAUCAGAAAUCAAAGAAGAAGAAGAAGAAGAAGAAGAAAUGCAAGGCUGGUUUGACUUCAAUUACAAAUAAAGUUGAAGAACCUUUGGAUGAUACAUUAGAUGCUUUAUCCUUGGAUGCUAAUUCUUCAAGACAUAAGCUGGGCCCCACCAAAACCAAACCAGAAACAUCAACACUUUGUGCAGGAUUUGUUAAACAAUGUGCACCUCCCGCCUUGCAACUGGAUCCCAAAUGUUUGAAUCCUGAGAAUGAGUUACGGAGAAUUUUUGGUUCUAAGGUGGUGAAAUCAUUUGAGAAAAGUAAUCAAGACAGCAGUUCUAGACAGGUUCGUGGCGGCAGACGUGGAGCCCAUCAUACUAGAAAGACAAUUCUAGUCUCUCCAUCAGAACAUUGGCCUCGUUGGGAUGGAUCUUUAUCCAUGGAGUUUUUGGAAACUAAGGACGGAUACCAUCAUUUUAGGUAUGUUCACUCUUCUUACUAUGAUCAAGCACAGAGGGCAUUUGAAGCUGCCAAAGCUAUUCAAGAUCUGAAUGGCAUAGCAAGCAUUCUAUUGUACCACCCUUAUCACCUAGAUUCCCUUAUAACAAUGGCAGACUAUUUCAAAUUUGUGGGUGAGCAUCAAAUGUCAGCUGAUGCUAUUGCAAAGAGUUUAUAUGCCUUGGAAUGUGCAUGGCACCCCACGUUCACCCCCUUGCAGGCAAAUUGCCAGUUGAAGAUCAACCAUGAAACAAACAAGCCAAUGUUUACAACACUUUUCACUCACAUGAAAAACUUGGACAGGCGUGGUUGUCAUCGUUCUGCCCUUGAGGUUUGCAAACUUUUACUUUCAUUGGAUUUAGAUGAUCCAAUGGGGGCCAUGUUCUGUGUUGAUUACUUUGCUUUGAGGGCAGAAGUGUAUGCGUGGUUGGAAUGGUUUUCUGAAGACUAUAAAAGUGAUAACUCCUUAUGGUUGUUCCCAAACUUCUCAUAUUCUCUUGCCAUUUGUCGGUUUUAUCUUGAGCGUGAGGAACCAUCAAAAAAUGAUGAUACUAGUGCUACAAAGUCUAGUUCAGCUGAUUUGAUGAAGCAGGCUUUGAUGCUCCACCCGUCAGUCCUUAAGAAGUUGGUAGCCAAGGUACCUUUGAAAGAUCAGGCAUGGACAAAUAUACUAAAGCAUGCCUUUUUUCAAUCAGAGAAAACAGUGUCUGCAUCCUUGGAUCAUCUGAUUAAUAUAUAUGUAGAGAGAAGUUAUAUCAUAUGGAGGCUUCCAGACCUUCAAAAAUUGCUUCGGAACAGUGCUUUACAAGUGAUUGAAACUCUAGAACAUAGUAGCAGUGAUGCCAAGGAUUGGGCUUGUGUGAGAAAAGAGGCCUUUUCAUCUGAGAACAAUGAGUAUGGCCAUUUGCUGGUUUCAGACUUCUCUGAUACAGUUCCAACACUUCCACCUGAGAACCUGCAAAACUUCAUGGUUGAUCCAAGGAUGAGAGAGGCAGAGCAAAAUGGGGGACAAAUUGCCAACCCACUUGAUGGUGGCCCUGCUCCACACGAUGUCGCUAAUCGAAAUGCAUUGGCAGUCUUGUUUGAAUCUAUGUUGCCAUGGGUUAAUUAUGGGGGUAGAGGGGAUGAAGGAGGCAAUGAGGAGAACCAAGUUGAUGGACAUGAACAAGACAACGAUUGAAUUAGCAAUGUUCUCUCUUUAAAAGGGAGAAAAUAAAUGGCAUCAUACGUCUGAAAUGCAGAUAUUUUUUGGCAUGGGUCAGCAAAUGAAUUCCUGCUGUUUGAUGUGAGUAUAAGAGCAAACCAUUCUCAAAACAUGACCCAGUGUCGACGCACCGCAAUUCCUUUUGUACAGCAGAAUUAACACUCUUCCGUUGAGAACAGGUAUCAUGCUUGCACAAAUUAUCCUUGUGGGAAAUUGUAGCCCUCGUGUACUUUUAGUUGUUUGGCCUCGGUGUUGUUACUGAUAUGAUAUUGAUAAUAAAUUGUUGUGCUAUGCCA